GAGAAUGGACCUUGGUGAGUGCAACCGGUACCACGACUUGGCACUGAGGGCUGACUACGAGAAGGCGGCCAAACACAAGGACUACGGCUAUGAUGUAGACAAUAAACUCAAUUAUGGUUUCACUCGAACCGCCAUUUAUUUAGCCGAAGCUCUUAUUCUGCAUGCGUUCCAACACUUGGAGUCAUUCGUGGCCGACGCCGACAAGAAGACAGAGGCCGCCAAAAAACGAUUGGCUGAGACUCAGGAGGAACUGAGCGCCGAAGUCGGCACUAAAUUGAAUAAAGUGCACGAAUUGGCCGAACAAAUCGGUAAGAAGUUGGCCGCAGCUGAGUUGGCCGGCGCUGAGGGUAAUGUCGAGGAGUCACUCAAACUCAUGGAAGAGGUCGAGAAGAUCAAGAAGGAGAAGGGCGGCGCUGAAGUGGAGUACAGGAACUCAAUGCCCGCUUCCAGUUAUCAACAGCAGAAGCUGCGAGUUUGUGAGGUGUGCUCAGCGUAUCUGGGAAUUCAUGAUAAUGACAGGCGACUGGCCGACCAUUUCGGAGGCAAAUUGCAUUUGGGAUUCAUUACGAUACGCGAAAGACUGGAAGAAUUGAGGCAAUUGGUGACCGAAAAGAAAAAUCGCGGCGCCGUUGAAGAGCGAGAAGAUUGCGACCGAUAUGGCAAUAAUCGAUACAAUCGUAACGAUCGAAACGAUAGAAAUAGAGGAGAGAGGGAUCAGAGGGAACGGUAUGACGACAGACGCCGUCGGAGGAAUCUCGGGAACGGAAUCAAAACAGUCAACGAAGACGCCGUUCGAGGUCUCGAUCUCCGGGCCAUCACUCGAGACAGCGGUCACGCUCUCGAUCUCGAGAUCGCAGAGGAGGAGGAGAUAAGAAUGAGAGGAACGAAAGAAAUGAAAGAAACGAUAGAAAUCGAGACAUCAGAACAUCGACUGAACGUUAAAACCAAUUCUCUUAUGUCUAUCCACUAAAUAAUACAUCAAUUUCUGGAUUUGAUUUAUAAAAAUCUGAAUUUUCUGACAAUUACUUUAGUUAUCAUUUUUCACUG